AAUUGGAUUGAGCAAAUUACGUAGCGGGCCCUCCAAGGUGUUGGUUUGAACGGUCUUUCCGACCGAGUGGAGUGCGAGGGUGUGUGGGUGUGUCUGGUGCCUCACACACCCUGCAUCGGGGACGACGGACGGCUGCGAUCCUGAAGGAAUGAACACAGAUGCACGGGACCCCAGGGUCUCCUACGUGCAAUGACUUUCACCGACCUCAAGAAAAGACGUGCUGCCCUUCAAAAGCACCUGUUUCCACGGCUUUAAGCGACUUGGCCCUACCACAUGGUCCUUGGGGGCGAAAUGGGCCCGUCGUGGCUUCUUCAAGUAGAUUGCCGCCGAUAUGUCAAUCGCGUGAGAUAAGAUGCUGUUGCGGUGCUGCAGAGAAUGAAGAGCCGCCUCGAAAUCACUCCUGUGUGUACAACCGAGGGAGACAUGGAUUAGAUGAAUCCCGGGUGCGUCACUGGCUGACCUGUCUGCGGUGGAUGGCAGGCAUUGCAUGGGCGUGAGGCCGUGGCUGUCCUUGUGGUCCGGGUCGCAACUCCAGUCCAGCAAGCGACAAAACGACUGGAUGGCACCCGACUGACAGGCGUGGUGCAGGGCAUUGCGUCCGGUCCUGUCCUGCCACGCAACGUUGGCAAACGACCUGCAUGGAUUCCAUCAAACCAUAUACGAGGGGAUCGCCACUGUCUCUGUCUCUGUCCAUCUGUGUCGCGCAUUCACUUGUUGAGGAGGAUUUCCAGCAGCCCUGCCAUGUUGCUGGACGAUGCCUUGAGAAAGAUUUGUUUCAGCACGGAGCUGCAUCCAACGACCCAGAGGCAGACAGGAAGGGGGAGACAUUAAUGUCUCUAACAGUGUGCCUGCUUCUGCUCUACAUGUUGUUGUAAUUCUCGAGGCUCAUGGCUGCAAGUGCGGCGCCAAGCUCGUUGUUGUUCAUCGUGUGGGCGAACAAGGACGCUGAAUGGUCACUCUGCAUGUUGGGAGGGGCGCGCUGCAUCGAUUGCAGACAGGCAGAAAAGACGCCUCAUCAAUCAGCACGCGCGCCCACAUGGCCUUGUCGUGUGUUGACUCACCAUGCUGGUUCUUUCCCGCUCGAUGGCGAUUGCCCUCUUCUCCCGCCUGUACGCCUCUUCCCGCGCAAUGAUGCCCUCGCGGAUCUGAUCGAGCGGAGACAUGGUAUGUACAUGGAGAGGUCUGGCCUGCUUGCUUGCCUUGAUCAUCUCAAUGAGCUGUUUGAACUUGAGCUUGGUUCUUUGUUCGCGCCACAUGUUCUGGAUGCGCCGCGCACACUCGUCACGCUGCAGGCAUAAAAGUGAAAAGAGGCAGAGACGCAGACACAAUGAAAUGGAUGACAAACAUCCACGACAAGUAUUUCUGCAUGUUGCGUACUCACUCUUUGCGGUGUGAUGAGUGACCUCCAGACAUUCUGCGGCCCUCCAGUGAACUGCUGCCGUGUGUCCUCCGCCGCCACUUUCUUGUGCGGCUGCAUGUAAUGCGGCUGCUCGCCGGACGCAAGUGGCAAUGUGCAGCGCUUCUUGCCCUCCAUCUCGUUCUCCUUGGCUCGGAAGGCCUGCAUAGCAUGUGUGUGUGGCAAAAGGAAAGUGAGGAUUUGUCCGUCGGUUGAGUGUUCCUCUUACUGUGUGCGUACCGUACCGCUCUGAAACGGUUGGCCAUCCUCCUUUGUCCAGCUUUCCGCAUCUCUUGGUUCUUCUCACGCUUUCUCUGGUCCAGCUGCUGUUGAACAUGCCUUCGAAUCUCCUGCGAUAAUGACUGGUCGAUCGUACAUAAAGGGCAAACAAAGAGAACAGCAGUGGAUUCACACACAGGUCCGCUCGGUACGCCUCUCUUUGUCUUUGUGCGUGCUUGCCUCAAGGUGUGAGCUCCUGGAGUGUUCGUAACUCUCCAUGUGGGCGAAGAACUUCUGCAGGAUCUCGUCAGCCACCUUCAACUCCGCCUCGUGGAAGGUGCCCAGCGGAAGCCGCUUUAUCCACUCCUUCAGAUCCUGCCGAUUCUGCUCCGUCAUCGACAGCAGAGAUACCACUGGAUCCCCGCCCGACCUCCCAUCACCACUGACCAGAUACACACACAGACAGCAAGGGAUCAGGCCACCCAUACAGAAAAGGAUCCAUCCAUCCAUCCAUCCCACCCACUGAUGGCUUCCACUGGCGGCUUGCUGGCAGGCGGGGAUGCCGCCUCUGCCGGCUUUGGGCUGAUCUGUGUGUCUAGCAGCAGCAUCGCAAGGGUCACCCGGCUCCACCGCUCGACACCACGGUGAUACGAAUGAAGCAGAUUCCGGGCGGACUUGCGCGAGGCUGCAUUGAGGAGAGAGAACCUGGUGAGAAGACGAUAGAUCGAUGCUAGUCGCAUUCCGUUCACCUCUGAAGGCUCGUUCGGCGUCUCUGUCCCACGCUGGGGCGGCGCUGCGCUCCCAUGUGUGACGAGAAGCCAGAUCUGACCCCACGGCUACCUGGAGACACGGCACAAUAAGACACAACGAAAGGCAGUGCGGUUGUCCUACAAGUGGCGGGUCGGUCUCCUCAUCCUCGGCAAUGCCGAGAGACGCCAUCACCGCUCGGACAGCAGCAGGCGUCGGCACGAAUGCAGGCAUCUCGCACGGCCUCUUGUUAGUCUCUCUCGCAGCACUUGUCGGCCGCUCGGGGGGUGGCGCUUGACGAACAAAGUCGGGACCUUCAUCCUUCUCCGAUUCGACAUCCUCACCUUCGCCGCGCCUCUGCAGGUCUCUCUCCUGCCUUUUGACGGCCACCUGCUGCAGGUGGUGCAGCUCCUGACAGCUCGAGUGGACUAGCAGCCGCUUGAGUUUGGAGUGCAGACCCGGGUAGGGCGACUUGGCCGACAAGUUGAGCCAGUCGAGUCUCCCCCACCGGUCCAUUUCUUUCCUCGACGUGUCCCUGAGGCUCGUUGCCGACCGCUGAGACAUGAACAUGGACAUCUCUCGUUUGUCACCACCAAUGGUCAUGUCGGUCAUCAUCCGAGUGACCCUCUUCUUGGGACUGCUGCCGGACAUCACGCUCGUCUUGCGCGAGGGAGUCUCCCUGUCGUAGCUCGUCCCUAGCAUGGAUGACGUCAGGUGGUUGUACGUCUGAUGGCUGAGACCCCAUCUCUUUCUCUUCUUGUCGAUGCGACGAAGGAAGGUGGACAGCGACUUGGCAUUGUGAAAGAAGCCCUUGAUCCACCGCACGUCGUGCGGGUCGUCCCUUCCCUCAAUGAAGUCCCGGUAUGUCCUGUACUCCUGCAGGCCCUCGAACUCCCCGUCCUUCAAGGACCGGGUCCGCGCAAAAAGGUAUGGCUUUGUUGAAGUAUCAGCGGCCGCGGUGGAUGGCUGGGUCGGUGCCUCGCUGGGGAUACCAAGGCUCGAGCGCCGCUGCUGAUGCUGACCGGUAAGGCCGGUGAUCGACGAGCGUCUUUCUGCCAGCUGCUGCAUGCGGACAGAGAAGCUCUCGUCCGUGUGUGGUUUGGGCUUGGCCUUGGCGGCGGGACUCCCGGUCGAACCAUCUGCAUUGCUGCUGCUCCUCCUGGCGCCGCUCGCAUCCGAUUCGGCUGAAGCCCUGGCACUCGGCGCCUUGGCAGUCGCCUCAGCGGCCUCUGCUUUCCUUAGCGAAAAAGACUCUGCGAGGAAAGUGAGGGAAGGCCGUUCUUGCUCCUUCUUGGGGGAUCUCUCGGGUGAUUUCUGGGAUGGACUGCCACAGCCCGGCCCUUCCUCGUCUGUCGCCUCUGAUGUCUCAGAGCCCUCCUCAUCGCCCUCUUCGUCCUUGUCUUCGUCAUCUGCAGGGAGAUCAAUGCCAGGAUAUACCGAAUCGUAGGAAGCGUCGGAGCUCCGCAUUUGAGGCUUUCGUAGGCAGUGCCUCACGCC